GACUUGGUAGAAAUAGGGACAUGUGAGGGAAAAGAGCAAACUCAGUGGAAAAAUAAAGCAUAAAUGAAGGAGUGGCUGCUUGUGACGGAAUUCAGGAAAUAAUCACAGUCAGACGACACACACAUAAUGUGGACAACAACUGUCCUGCUGCUGCUUGUGCCUCAUCUGCUUUCCUCCACAUUCUCUCUUGAUUGCCAGGACACAGGAAACAGCAGUGAUUUUAACCAAUCAGAAACAGUCAAUGAGGACUUUUCUGAUGCUUCUGUCAAAGGCCAGAAACUUCCUGGAGGGGCCAAAGGUCGGGACACAUGCUCCAUCCCGUGUGACAUCACUGUCAAGCUGCUACGAGAUGAGAAACAUUCAAUCUGUGGCCAGUUACAGCAGUCUCUGUUGGCAUUUGGACGCAACACCCGGAAGCUGAUUCGGGAUGUGAUGGAGGAGCAGCAGAGAGCCCUGGACAUCCUUAGCAGUCAGGUCACAGAGCUGAUGACCAAAGUACAGACGCUCAGCUCCGAAGUUCAGAGAAGCAACACUGAGAUGUACUCCAUCAAACCUGUGCAAUCCCAUGGACAAGACUGCAGCGAUAUCAAGGACAAUCUUUUGUCAGUCGUCCCCAAGAUCCCCAGUGGUAUUUACAUUGUCCACCCAGAGAAUACAGACUCUUCAUUUGAGGUUUUCUGUGAAAUGGAUUACAUGGGAGGCGGAUGGACGGUGAUGCAACGGAGGACUGAUGGACUAACUGACUUCAAACGACCCUGGGCUGAUUAUGUUGAUGGCUUUGGAAACCUUGCAGGAGAACACUGGUUGGGUUUGAGGAAGGUAUUUCAUAUAGUAAACCAGAAAGAUACUCGGUUCCAACUUCACAUUGCUCUGGUGUCCCAUGAUGACGUCACCUCUUAUGCAUCAUAUGAUGAUUUCCACCUGGACAGCGAAACACAGUUCUUCAGUAUACACCUGGGCAGAUACGCAGGCAGCGCAGGUGAUGCGUUUCGUGGCUAUGACCAGGAUCAGAACCAGGACACAGCUCCAUUCAGCGCCUCAGACGUGGACAACGAUGGCUGUAAUCCUUCCUGCUCCAUCGACAACCGCACGGUGGAGAGCUGCAGCAUUCAGCACAACCAGACAGGAUGGUGGUUCAACCAGUGCGGCCUGGCAAACCUUAACGGCUCUCCCGAAGAUGAUGAGCACAACCAGGGACAGAGGACACACAUCCUGUGGGACACCUGGAGACAGAAUGGAGUCCCUCACGUCAUCAAAUCGGUCACGAUGAAGGUCAGGAGGAUUGCAACCAAUAAUUGACAGAGGAGAGGUGGAGAGGAGGAGGUUGAGGAGGAGAAGCAGAGGGAGAGGGGAAGAAAACACAUAUUGUAAAAGUUGCACUGCAUCUUUGUACAACCUGAAGUUUUAAUAAAACAGGAUGAAGGCUGAAAGGAUGUCUUAUUUUCAUUCUUUCACCUCAUAGUAACCAAUUACCUGUUCUGAAAAUAUUCCUUUAAGGUGAUUUUGUGUUGACUUUUGAGAAUAAAUAUACCUGGAAUUAUAAUGCAAACAACACAACAACACCAACGUAAUCAGAAGAGUAGAAAACA